UCAUGCGCAAUUGUCAGUUUUGACCAAAAAUCCAAAACAUAUCCAGGAAAUUGCUAGAAUAUUAUGGCAGUACAAGCUAAUAAGAAGUUUCAUCAUUGUGCAUCAAGUGAUAUUAAGCGUUUUCAAGAUUAAACUGCUGAGGUGUGAAGAAGCAGAAGUCGAGAAGAUAAUGUUGAAUUUUCAAGAGCAGGUUUGUGAGUUUCAAGAUGUGAAGGUGGAUUUGAAGGAGAUUAUGAGAGGGUGUCCUAUAUAUACCAUUACAGGUGUUCAGCCUCCAUUCAUAAAUCCAGAAAAUAGCACCCUCAAAGGAGUCUUGCUAGAAAUGAUGGAUGCUUUUGGCGAAGCCAGCGAUAGAACCAUCAUAUACCGACCAUAUGACCCUAUUUAUAUGGAUGAAAUCGUCGAAUCCUACACUUUCGAAUCGAUGAUUGAGUCCUUCCAAUCUGGUUAUGCAGACCUAUUUAUUGGAGCGGUGCAACUCUCUGCUAUGUCAGUUAUAGAUAUCGGCCCAUUGAUAAUUGCCAAUGAUUUAUUAAUUGUUGCACCGAGAGAGUUGGUCAGGGAUAUGACGGAGUUCAUAAAUCAACCGCAAAAACUUCACGUGUUUGGCAGGUGGACUACUGGGGUUCUUUUGAUCGUGAUUUCGUUUAAAUUUCUCAUCAGAUGGUCCGCGGAUAAAAACCUGUUUCCGAGUUUUGUCCAAAUUUUUUUUAUGGUGUUUAGGACAAUCCUAAAUGUUCCUACGGCUUGUAGAAUUCCGAAAAAUACUCUCGUUAGGAUAUUUUUAAUCAGUAUUUUAUUCUACUGUAUGGGAUUCUCCUCAUAUCUCCAAGGUACUUUAAUAAGCAUAAUGAAUGGACCUACUUAUGAACCUCCUGUGAGUGACCUAAAAGGGCUUUUGGAUAAAGGAACUCCCAUAGUGUUGAAUGCAGGAAUGGCAAUAUUUUUCCAGUAUAUGGAUUUACCUUACUUUCAAAAUGUUUAUGACAAGCACAUUCCUAUGUUAGAGAAAGAUCUUUUUGACAAUGUGAAUGUGUUAUUGGUUAAGAGGAACUUUGCUACUGUGAUCUAUAAAGGUUAUUUAAUAAUGAAACCAAACUUGGAAAAAUCCUUUAGCAUCUUCGAUUUGUGGCCGAACGCGCACGUCCCAGCAAUGCCGAAGAAGUACUUUAUGCAUCGGGAGUUUUGCUACUGGUUCGAUCAAAUGGUCGAGUUUGGAAUAAUCCAGAAAUUCUGGCGUCUAUAUGAGUUUUAUUACGCCAAGGAGUCCGUCUCGGCAAUGUCCAGAAUGUAUCAAGUUAGACUGGAGCAGUUUUUACCGGUGUUGAUACUGUGGGCCUCUGGAUGUUGCUUGGCCAUUUUUUGCUUUAUUUUGGAAGUUAUUGUUCAUUAUUUGCACAGGAUUAUUUUAUCAAGAAAAUAUUAUAUUGCAAGCGAUUAA